UGAGAUAGUGAGGGAGAGGAGCGGGGAGCGCGAGCCACAGCGGAGAGAGAGAGAGAAGACCCGGUAGAGCGCGAGGAGGGAGAGAGAGAGAGUGAGUGAGAGAGAGAGAGAGACCGAGAGUGAACGAGAGGAGAGAGAGCGACGACCGUCAGGGUCCGUGUGCCUGAGGGACGGACGACACGGAGAGGGGGAGGACCGAGCGAGCGAGUGAUCGUCCGACAGACCAACAGACAGCUAGAUUGAAUGAAGCUGCACCUGGUGCUUCUGAGGGCCUUUCCCAUGUUUUGAUUUGCACCAUUUUUUUUUUUUUUAACUUUCUAAAGUUGGUUUCACCGAGCCGCUCCCAGCCAUGCCGUCCAACAGUCCUGCUGCCGCUGAACCGCCCGAGACACCGGAGAACGACAUCAGCAAUGAUGUGGGUGAAGAUGGAGCAGACCAUGACAGUCCAGAGGAGGGGACACCAGCGAGCCCCCGCGCCAAGCGCAGAGUGGGUCGUCCUGGCAGGAAACGCAAACAGCUGCUUCCUGAGAUGGCGACCUCUGACCCCUGUGCAAACGCCCCCCCAACCCCGCCUGAGGAGCCGGAGCCCUCCCCUUCCCCUCGCAAGAAGCGUGGGCGUCGGAAACUAGAGCAAACCGAGAAGAAUAAGGACGAGCCAGACGACAGAAACUGUGACUCCCCUAGAGAGGGUGAGACUGGCAGACUGCGGAGGAGGCCAGUCCCCAGGGUGACUUUCCAGGCUGGAGAUCCGUACUACAUCAGCAGGAGACAGAGAGAAGAAUGGCUCAGCCGCUGGAAGAUGGAGGCGGAGCGACGGGCGUACAGAGAGGCGGAGAUAAACAUGAUGGACGACCUAUCAGAGGGCGACUUCCAGAAAGAGGAGGAGUCAGCCAGCCCAGCCCCUUCCCAUUCACAACAACACACAGACCCUGCCUCGCCAACGGUCGCCAUGACACCAGAGCCAGUUGCCAGGGGAGACCAGGCCACGCCCAGAGAGAUAGAGUACCAGGACGGCCGGGGCUUUGGCAUCGGUGUUCUGGUGUUUGGGAAGCUGCGAGGUUUCUCAUGGUGGCCUGGCAGGAUCGUUUCCUGGUGGAUGAGCGGCCGGAGUCGAGCUGCAGACGGGACUCGCUGGGUGAUGUGGUUUGGAGACGGCAAGUUCUCUGUGGUUUGUGUGGAGAAGCUGAUGCCCUUGAGCUCUUUCUCAUCUGCCUUCCACCAGCCCACCUACAACAAACAGUCCAUGUACCGGAAAGCCAUCUUUGAGGCUCUGCAGGUGGCCAGCGUUCGGGCAGGGAGGCCAUUUCCCUCGUGUGAUGCGAGCGAUGAUGCAGAGGGGGUGGAGAUUCAAACCAGACAGAUGAUAGAGUGGGCCAUGACCGGCUUCCUACCCAAUGGUCCACAAUCAUUGGACCCUCCAGAGGAGGAACAAAAUCCAUAUAAGGAAGUGUACCCAGAAAUGUGGUCCGAACCUGAGGCAGCGUACACACCUCCACCUGCCAAGAAACCGCGCAAGAACUCAGCUGAAAAAGCAAAGAUCAGAGAGGUGAUCGACGAAGGGACCAGAGAGAGGCUCAUAUGUGAGAUCAAAAAGAAGACCAGGAACAUAGAAGAUAUCUGCAUCUCCUGUGGAAGCCUCAACGUCUCUCUGGAGCAUCCUCUCUUCGUAGGAGCAAUGUGCCAGGGCUGCAAAAACUCGUUCCUGGAAUGUGCCUACCAGUACGAUGAUGACGGCUACCAGUCCUACUGCACCAUCUGCUGUGGAGGCAGGGAGGUGCUCAUGUGUGGCAACAACAACUGCUGUAGGUGUUUCUGUGUGGAGUGUGUGGAUCUGUUGGUAGGAGCCGGCUCGGCGGCAGCGGCCAUCAAAGAAGACCCCUGGAACUGCUACAUGUGUGGCCCCCGGAGCACCUACGGGUUACUGCGGCGACGGGACGACUGGCCCUCCAGACUACAACACUUCUUCGCCAACAACCAUGAACAGGACUUUGAGCCAGCCAAGUUGUAUCCUCCAGUUUCAGCAGAGAAGAGGAAACCAAUCAGAGUCCUCUCCCUGUUCGAUGGCAUUGCCACAGGUCUGUUGGUGCUGAAGGAUCUGGGCAUGCAGGUUGACAAGUACGUGGCGUCUGAGGUGUGCGAGGACUCCAUCACUGUCGGCAUGGUCCGACACCAGGGUCGCAUCAUGUACGUGGGUGACGUUCGCAACGUAACGCGCAAACAUAUCGAGGAGUGGGGACCAUUCGACCUGGUGAUAGGAGGAAGCCCCUGCAAUGACCUCUCCAUAGUCAACCCUGCAAGGAAAGGCCUUUUUGAGGGAACUGGACGGUUGUUUUUCGAGUUUUACCGUCUGCUGCACGAGGCUCGACCAAAACCGGGUGAUGAGCGUCCGUUCUACUGGCUGUUUGAGAACGUGGUAGCUAUGGGAGUCAGUGACAAACGGGACAUCUCCCGCUUUCUAGAGUGUAACCCAGUGAUGAUCGACGCCAAGGAGGUGUCUGCUGCCCACCGAGCCCGCUACUUCUGGGGAAACCUGCCAGGCAUGUCCAGACCUCUGACAGCCAUGUCGAAUGACAAGCUGGAACUGCAAGAUUGUCUCGAGCACGGGCGUACAGCCAAGUUUGAGAAGUUGCGUACGAUAACAACACGCUCCAACUCUGUGAAGCAGGGGAAAGACGAGCAUUUCCCCGUCUUCAUGGACAACAAGGAGGACAUCCUCUGGUGUACCGAGAUGGAAAGGGUGUUUGGUUUCCCCGUCCACUACACCGAUGUGUCCAACAUGAGUCGUCUGGCCAGGCAAAGGCUGCUGGGACGUUCCUGGAGCGUCCCCGUCAUCAGGCACCUCUUCGCCCCGCUCAAGGAGUACUUCGCCUGCAACUAGUCACGCACCAACUCUCUCUCACAUGCAGAUACACACACACACACACACACACACACACACACACACACACACAUAUAUAGACACACACACAUACACAAACAGUAUGUAAUGACAGACACACAGUAUACAGCUAGUGCGUGAAGGUUGGCUGAAACAGGAUGACACAGAUGACCGGACAUACACACAUAUAUGCACAUGCACACACUGUAAAGGACUGCUUCCUUAGAUCCCAUGUAGACCACUGGCUGAACUUAGUCCCCUGGUGCUACCUUGCUGAUACAUACACACACAUGUACUGGUGCAGGGUUUCUGUACUGUAUAUGUUCACACACAGACUUCCUGUCCGACCUUGAAACUGGUGUCUUCUGGCUUUACUGUGUCACAGCAGCUGGAGCUCAAACCUCCAGGGGGCGCAAAACUGACAAAGAUGUCCCAACUUUCUGUUUCUAACAUCCCUUUGAGUGCAUCCACACACCAGUGAAUCUCUCUGAACCAUAACACUUAACUGUAAUCAUGCAUAGUGACAGUGCUGCUGGUGUAUUACAGUGCAAUGAACAUACAAACACAAACACACACGCAUACACACACCCACACCAGUUAAUGCUCGUGGUGCUGGUCAGGCAGUGAUAAGAGUCCAAAUGGUGCCACUUUAAUACAACACUUUUACAGUUUUUGGUGCUCUUGGAGACUGAACGGUCUCUGGUUGUUUCAGUCGCUACAGUUUUGUGUCCCUAACGGAGUUAAACCAAAUGCUUACAAGCGGGUGGAGGCAACAACGGCCAAGAGAGGGGAAUUUUCUAGAUCUAUUUAUUUGUGGAAUAUAGUAAGAGUGUGCAGGAGAGUGUUCAAGAGGAAGAACAAGGUAACCAUGAUCAGACAGAUUCAUACGAAGCCUUUUUUUAACAUGACUACAACUAAAUCAGAUUAUAAUUUGUUAAGUUUUCUUGGUGGAAAAGCUGCUCUGGAGUUAUAAAUAAUUAACAAACAAAAACAAACAUUUGUGUGGCAAAACAACACCAAAAUAGGUCUGAAUCUUCCCCUGAGGAAGACCACUUUUGUCUUAAGUAUGUCAGCGAUUCCCGCAAUAUGAAAUACUGAAAUAUAAGUGAGUGAGUUUUGGGAUGCCGCAGCAGUUUGGGAUUAUGUUUUCUCUUUGUUAAUGUUUGCAAUGCUGUAUUUGUUACAUAAGCUUCCACUAAAGAUGGUGCUAGUCUUCCUGGAGUCCAUAAGUACACACAAACAUACACGGGACAAACUCUAGACACUGACAAUCAGAAAGGAAAUCAAACUUAACAAGAGAAACAUAACAAAAAUAAAGAACUGAUUAUAAAAUAAUUUAAAACAAGACUCAUUUGGAACAUAAUCUAAAACAAAAAUAGAGUAAGGCCUCAUGAAUUUGCUUUACUUUUAAAAAAAAAAAAAAAAAGUAGUAUCAUAGUCAGUAUCAUGGUGUAAAGCCUUGUAACUGUGAAUUUUCAUUGUGCAGAGCGCCCCCCAGUGGUCAAACACACCAGUGUAAAGAGAGUGCAUAACAAGGACACACACUAAUGUUGGGGUAAAACAAUCCUUUGUGUCAGCAGUCACUGGAUUAGAAAAACUGUAAGAAAUAAAGACUUAAUGAAGUCAGCUUUAAACAUAAUACCUACUUAGUACCAACUAGCACUUGUCUGCUUUUUAAAAAUAUAUUAUUUCUCAGUGGUUUUUGCAAAAUUGUAGGCUGUAAGUGUACAUUAAGGUUAGCUCAUGCUUAGGUGAAUAUGCUGUGAUAUUCUGCACAAUAGUAGCAUUAUAAGAGUGGGUUUUAUUCCCUGGUGUUUGGUGUCAAUAACUAAUGUCAAUAACAUUUGUAAAGUGCUGUUGUGUUACAUUGGUUACUGUUAACUGUCGCGCGAAUUACUGUGAUGUUCUUAAUGGUGCAAAAUUGGAAUAAUACUGUAUGUCACUUUAGUAAUUAUGUUGUUUGCCUGGCAGAGGCUGUAAACAGACAUUACCCAAAGCUGAGGCUGGAUGUAACAGUUCAUGUCUGCAUAAAGUUAUUCCCAGUAAACCUGGAGCGUAGAUGUCAUAAUACUGUACCAAACCUCCAACUUAAUGGGAUCGUUUCAGUGAAAAAGGACACUAUUUUAUCAUGUUGAUGUACCGGAGGGAAGUUUCUGUUCGAAUAAUCCUUAGACAAAGUCCAGAAAAAAAGUUAUACUGUGAAAAGACAACAUGAGAUAGUCUUUCUAUGUAGCCUGGUUUGUUUUUACCCAUCAUGAGAGUGAUUAUGCACCGUCUCUGCCGCUGUUAGCAAAUAUUGUGACCUUUAAAGAUCAUGAAUACCUGCCAAUAUCAUUUAAUGCUUAGUUUGCUAACCUUUCAAAUGGAUUGUAGACUGUAACUUUGUUUAUAUAUAAAAUAUAUAUUGUUCAUGACAGAGAUACAAUACAGACCUUAUCUAGGACUCUGAUGUUACACUGCAUUAGUGUGGGCUUUCUGGAUUUUGUAUCAAAAUGUCAGCUUAUGAAGAAAAAGUAAUGUCCUCAUACUUUUUCCAUGCCACAGAAGUUUAAGAAAGACAACAUCUUGUUUGUACUUCGUCAGGUCAAAGUGUUUUAGAAGUGGAAACCACACUUACACUUAUACAUUAUGCACACUAGUAGGUUGACAAGCUCAAUCAUGGCAGGUGUGUUCUGUUUCUCAAACAUUUUGACCUGGCGAAGAUCAGGCAUUACUUUUUCUUCAUGUAUGCUGUUUUCUGACAGCCUUGCACCUAUGUUAUAUGCGCAUAAUUGCUCAUUUUAAACUCCUUAACCAUGCUCGAGAGUGAAAUAUUUUAAUUUCAUUUUAAAACUUUUCUCCUCCCCCUCAAAAACCCCUAAAUGCCCAUGUUUUCUCACAGACAUUUCUUGAUUUUUUUUUUAAAACAAGCAGACUUUUAUUUUGUCAAAAUGCAAGUGUUUCCUGUCUCUCAAAGGUCCAGUGUGUAAGUUUUAGGGGGAUGUAUUGGCAAAUAUGGAAUUUUCUCUGGUGUAGAACAUGACCCAAAAAUAAGAAUUGUGUUUUUGUUACCUCAGAGUGAGUCAUUUAUAUCUACAAUAGGAGCAGGUCCUCAUCUACAGAGAUCGCCAUGUUGCACCGCCAUGUUUCUACAGUAGCCAGAACAGACAAACCAAACACUGGCUUCAGAAAAACACAGAUUUUUUUUUAAGCGUAAAACUGGUUUAUUCGGUGUUUUUUACUAAUUUUAAUCACCUGGUCCGUUUGUUUUGGAAAAGAAGAGGUCUCUUGUUGAAAAAAAAAUGUUUCCACUGUUGCAAGCUGUAAUUCUCACCAUUAGAUGCCAAUAUGUCCCCCUAAAACACACUGUCCCCAUAACAGCUCUACAAAACCAAUAUAUCUUUGGCUCUACCCAACAAGUUUAAAUUCACCCAGUGAGAUUAUUUCUGCCUCCAGAGCAGCGCAGCCUCUGAGAAACACCAAACUAAAGACUUUUUAGGGAGUUCAUAGUCUUGCUCAAAGCAGCAUCUAAAGUCAAAUGAACUCAUUUAAACCUGAACCCUUGUUGUUACCAUACAGCUUCUCUUGUCUUCUCAGCCAGAAUGUUGCCCUUUUUUGUCUGCUUAAAAAGUGUAAAGUCCACCAGCUCUUGCAGUUACGCUCCUUCUUUGUUUCAUAGGGAUCCAAAAUGUCAUCCGGCAAUCGCAGCGACAUCCAUUGAAACCAGAGGCAGACCUUUACUCUGUAGAAACUAUGCUGGUUUUCUACUUCCUACGACUGAAACAGAUAGCCCUGUAUAAAUAACUGGUAAUAUAUCACACAGAUAUAAUUGUACUACUUGAUUCUGGGUUGUUUCUUCUGCCUUUGUACCCAAUGCAUGCUGGGAUGAACUCAGCCGCUCUGUGACCUUGAACAGAAAUAAGUAAAGAAGGUGUGUCACGAUGUUUUAUUUACACAGGGCUGUCUCUUGAGAAAACAUCUCUUUCAGUCUGGUGCUUUUGGUCCACAGACGACCAUCUUUUUCCAGGAAGCCUUCCGAUCCUCUGACCUUCCUCAGAUACCAGCUAACAACUGGACACAUGCAGUCUAUGCUGACACAUACACACAUACAUACACACACACACACACACACACACACACACACAAACAAACACACACAUCUGCACAAACAGUUACAAAAACCAACAAUAAACCAGCAGGUUCAAUAGUUUUUGUCCAUCAUGUUUACGCUCCGUUUCUACAACCAACCUUCAGGUGCUUUUUAAACUCUUAAAACUCUUUUUUACAGUGCUCUUGCAGGUUACUCACACACACACAUACACACACACACACACACACACACACACACGCACA